UUUGGGCUCAGGCAGUCCUCUCGUCUUGACCUCCGGAAGUGCUGGGAUUACUGAUAUGAGCCUCCGUGCCUGGUGGAAAACAGAAAUCAUGAGUGGAGGAUCUCAAGUCCACAUUUUUUGGGGUGCUCCAGUUGGUCCACUGAAAAUGACAGUAUCACAGGACACAACUUCUUUAAUAUCCACUACUAGCCCUUGGAAAAAGAUUCAGCUUUUAUACAAUCCACACUCUUUACAUCUGAAGGAUGAAAAAUGCAAGCACAAGAAUCUUGAAAACUGUCAAGUCCCAGAAUCUGUUGGCUCUCCAGAUCUUCUUAGUGGUCAUCUUUUAGCAAACUCUGUGAAUAGAUCUAUUCAUGUGAAAGAUGAUUUUAUACAUUCUAUUUCUGAAACACAGAAUAUAAAAUCCCAGAAAAGAAUUCACCCCUCAGGGCUGAGUAAUGUAAUCAAUUCUAAUGUGCAAAUACCCGAAUUAAAGAGCAGAGUUCAGCAUUUAACUGAAGAAGAAAAGAAUGAACAUCUCAGUAAAAACAAGAAAAUUAUGGAUGAACAGCUUAAAGAUCAUCAGUCACAUAUAUAUGGUCAGAACUUUCAAAAAAAUUCUUUUCAGUUAGACUGUAAGUGUGUAGCUAUAUCAGAUUUGGUCUGUAGUACUGAACAAAUUAGUAUAAGGCCUAAAGCAGCACAAACAAAGUGUGUGCCAACAGAGCAUCAUGAAAUACAAAACCAACAUCCGGAAUUCUUUUCCUCUAACACAGUAGAUAAGUCAAGGUCUGAAGGAGUAGUAGGGAAUGCCUCAGAGCUUAAAAUAUCUACUGAUACUGAAUUUCUCAGUAUAAUGACCUCCAGCCAGUUUGCUUUUUUGACUCAAAAGAAGGAUAAAGGGCAGAAUCCUAUAAAGAAAGGGAGCAUAAACAUGGAGACUGGACUAAAGACAAGUCAUAGGGAAAUAAUAACUGAGGCUAAUUUGACUCAUUCUCAUGAUGAUUUUGUAGAAGGAUAUGAAAAUGGACACAACCAAGCUUAUUCCCUUGAACUUUUUAGGCCUGUUUUUCCUAAAACAAAAAGUAGCCACCACAUUCACAUAAAUUCUGAUAAAGGACUUGAAGAAAAUAUAGGAUCUCAAGAACUGUUCAGUUCUGAAGAUGAAUUGCCGCCAGAUGAGAUACGUAUUGAGUUGUGUAGUUCAGGAAUAUUGUGUUCCCAACUAAAUGCAUUCCACAAAAGUGCUGUUAAAAGAAACUGUACCUCUGAAGAUAAAUCGGGCCAUUCUGAAACUCUAUCUAAAGUUGUCCAAGUAUCUAAGAAAAUGAAGUUGACUUCUGACACAAGAGAUUCUGUUGUAGCAGUAGACCAAAGGAAUGUGUCCAAAUUUAAGGGUGUUAAAAAAACGUCAUUAAUAAAAAACUGUGAUUCUAAAAGUCAGAAAUAUAAUUGUUUAGUCAUGGUGCUAUCUCCAUGUCAUGUGAAAGAAAUAAACAUAAAAUCUGGACCAAAUUCGGGCUCUAAGGUGCCUUUAGCAACAGUUGUUGUAAUUGAUCAAUCAGAAAUUAAGAAGAAGGUUUUUCUGUGGAGGACUGCAGCAUUUUGGUCACUUACAGUGUUUCUCGGAGAUAUAAUUUUACUCACAGAUGUUGUUAUUCAUGAGGACCAAUGGGUUGGUGAGACAGUACUACAAUCAACAUUCACCAGUCAGUUAUUUAAUCUUGGGAGUUAUUCAUCUGUUCAAUCUGAAGAAUAUUCCAGUAUAGUUAGUGAUGUUGUGCUUCAAGACUUACUGGCGUAUGUGUCUUCAAAACAUUCCUAUCUCAGAGAUCUUCCUCAGAGGCAGCCUCAGAGAGUAAACAGUAUAGAGUUUGCAGAAUUGGAGCAACUUCAGCCUGACACACUAGUCCAUGCGCUGCUAAGAGUUGUUGAUAUCACUGUAGUGACAGAGGCAGUAUACAGUUAUAGAGGACAGAAGCAAAGGAAAGUUAUGUUAACAGUGGAACAAACCCAAGGUCAACAUUACGUGCUUGUAUUAUGGGGUCCUGGUGCAGCUUGGUAUUCUCAACUUCAAAGGAAAAAAGAUUAUAUUUGGGAAUUUAAAUAUCUUUUUGUUCAGCGCAAUUGCAUACUGGAAAACUUAGAAUUGCAUACAACGCCUUGGUCAUCCUGUGAGUGCCUGUUUGAUGAUGAUUUAAGAGCAAUUACAUUUAAAACAAGAUUUCAAAAAAGUACACUCUCCUUUGUGAAGAUGUCAGACUUAGCAGCCCACCUAGAGGAUAAGUGUUCAGGAAUGGUUCUAAUUAAAGCCCAGAUUUUAGAGCUGACAUUUCUUACUACAACAGCUCAGAAGGUAGCUCUAAAUGCCCACAGUUCUCUGAAGAGUAUUUUAUCUUCUCUUUCCAACCUUAUAUAUACUGGCUGUGCAAAAUGUGGAUUGGAACUAGAAACAGAUGAGAACAAGAUCUACAAACAAUGUUUUCGCUGCUUGCCAUUUACUAUGAAGAAAACAUAUUAUAGGCCAGCUUUAAUGACCAUAGGUGAUGGAGGACAUAGUAUUUGCAUCCGUGUAGGAUCAAUGCUGAUGGAGAAGAUUCUUCUUAACAUUUCUCCGGACUGCCUCAGCAGAGUGAUAGUACCUUCCUCAGAGAUCACCUAUGGGAUGGUUGUGGCAGACCUGAUCCACUCCUUGUUGGUAGUCAGCGCAGAGCCUUGUGUAUUGAAGAUUCAGAGCCUUGUCGUAUUAGAUGAAAACAGCUACCCAUUACAACAAGAUUUCUCCCUCCUGGAUUUUUAUCCUGACAUUGUAAAACAUGGAACCUAUGCCCUUCCCAGGCAUCUGUAUCUGGUUUGUUGAAGUAUGUCACCCAGCCAGCAUCAAACUCCUCAUCUGUCUCAUGUGACCCAUGAGAAU